AUGGACAUGAACUCACCAACUCAAGAGACAUCUUUCACCACCUCCAUUCCUUCAAAACUAUACUCAAACCUAACAAAAUUCAUCAAGAAAAUAAAGAAAAUUGGAGAGGAUGAUCCAAGAAGGAUCACACACUGCGCCAAACUCGGAUUGGCUUUGACAUUAAGCUCCCUCCUCUACUACAUCCGACCCCUCUACAAUGGCUUCGGAGAGGCCGGGAUGUGGGCAAUCUUAACUGUUGUCGUUGUCUUUGAGUUCACUGUCGGUGGAACCCUAUCAAAAAGUAUAAACAGAGGCUUCGCAACGCUGUUUGCCGGCGCUUUAGGUCUCGGAGCCCAUCAUUUGGCUAGUGUUUGCGGCGUCACAGGCAAGCCUAUUGUGGUUGGACUCAUGGUUUUCUCAUUAGCUGCGGUUUCUACAUUUACGCGGUUUUAUCCGAACGUUAAGAGGAGGUACGAUUAUGGGGUAUUGAUAUUCAUAUUGACUUUCACCAUGGUGGCGGUGUCGGGCUACCGGGUCGGGCAGAUAGUGGAGCUGGCCCAUCAGAGGCUAUCCACGGUUCUCAUUGGCGGGGCGACUUGUAUCAUCGUAUCCAUAUUCAUUUGCCCUGUUUGGGCUGGUCCAGAUUUGCAGUUUUUGGUUGCUAAAAAUAUUGAAAAGCUUGCUGAUUUCUUACAAGGAUAUGGAGGUGAGCUUUUAACUUGUGCCGGUGAUGAAAGUAGCAAUGAUUCAGGCGCCAAGAAUGUCGAGAAAUCGCUCAAUGGCUACAAAAGCGUCCUUGAUUCUAAGGCGACAGUGGAUUUGUUGGCAAAUCUUGCAUGGUGGGAGCCUCCUCACGGUAAAUUCAAGUUGAAUCAUCCAUGGAAACAAUACCUCAAAAUAGGAAGGCUGAGUAGGGAAUGUGCAAGCCUCAUCGACUCAUUAAACACAUACACAAUUUCAAAAUCUCUUACAACGGCAACGUCAUCGGAAUUCCAAACGAUAAUCCGACAACCGUGCAUCGAAAUGAGCACGGAAUCCGCCAAGGCCCUUGUCGAAAUCGCCUCCGCAAUCAAGCAAAUGAGGCCGCCGGAAUCCGCCGAAACACACGUGCAAAAGGCCAAAUCGGCCGCCGAUCAACUGAAAACUACGCUCCAAAGCUACUCGAUGCCGCCGAAGCCGGAUUUGCAGGAGAUGGUGCCGCUACUCGUCACCGCGUCCGUGCUCAUCGACAUCAUUAGCAGCGUCGAUGAAAUCGUGCUCUCGGUUUGUGAACUUUCGAGAAAAGCGGGUUUCAAGAAUCCGAAGUCGGCCGGCGAACAGACGCCGGAGCAGAUUUUUCACCGUGGAAUCGUUAGCCCCGUCGAAGAUGACGGUGAUCAUGUGGGGGUUGACAUUCAGGCGGACUCCUCCACCGACUCGCCGGAGAAGAAGAGUGCUACUGAAUUAUCAGGCGGUCCAUGA